AUGCUCGCAUCCGCGGAAUCCGCGCACCAAUCAUCUGAUGUGUUCGCUUCCGGCGUAGAUUCGACGUUGGAAAGAGAGCUAUCAUCGGCGGGACUCACGGGAUUCGCGAGCCUGGUUAAGCACGCCGGGCUCAUUCCAGAGCUCGAACUCCGCGUGCGAUUCGGAUCCGCCCUGACCGUGUUUGCGCCGACCAACGUCGCGCUCAUGCGCGCAGACCCCGCGCUCCUCGCGUUCCUGAAGCUUCCGCGCAACGCCGAGCUGCUCCGCGACGUGCUCCUGUACCACGUGGUCGCGCGGCCCGUGUCCGCGUUCGCGUGGGAAGGCUCGUACGAGACUCUCCAGGGCGCGCCGAUCGCGCUCCACGUCGACGCGCUGGCGUUUCAGGUUGGCGGAACCAGCGUGAAGCAAUACCGCGCGCUCACGCUCUCCUUGACUCCCCUCUCCCCCGACGAGCACCUUUCUGGUAAAGCCGCAGAUUCCACCGCCGCGUCCGCGCAACUAAGCGCCGGGGACACGGGGAGCAGCACGGUCGUGGUUCACACGGUCAACGCGCUUCUCCUGCCUCCCUCCGUCGACGAGCUUCUCUCUCUCACCGCCGAUCAGUCACAUUAUCUGCGGUCGUGGUUCUGCAACGCUCUCAGCAGUCACUCACUCGCCUGCGCAUUUCAGAUCUCAGCACCGUCGAUCAACUCUCCCCUCAUUCACACAAUGACGCGCUUCGCUCUAUUCGUCGCCAUGCUCCCGCUCGUCCUGCUCCUUCUCGGCUCGUCACAACCCGCCGCGAUGCUCGCAUCCGCGGAAUCCGCUAACGGAUCACACGCGUUCGCUUCUGGCGUAGAUUCGACGGUGGAAAGAGAGCUGUCGUCGGCGGGACUCACGGGAUUCUCGAGCCUGCUCAAGCACGCGGGACUCAUGCCAGAGCUCGAACUCCGCGCGCGAUUCGGAUCCGCGCUGACCGUGUUCGCACCGACGAACGUCGCGCUCAUGCGCGCGGACCCCGCGCUCCUCGCGUUUCUCAAGCUUCCGCGCAACGCCGCGCUGCUCCGCGACGUCCUCCUGUACCACGUGGUCGCGCGCCCCGUGUCCGCGUUCGCGUGGGAAGGCUCGUACGAGACGAUGCAAGGCGCGCCGAUCGCGCUCCACGUGGACGCGCUAGCGUUCCAGGUGGGCGGAACCAGCGUGAAGCAGUACCGCGCGCUCACGCUCUCCUUGACUCCCCUCGCCAGUGACGAGCGAAUUUCCGCCUCCGCCGGGGAAGGCGCGGAUUCCGCUUCCGCCUCCGCCGCCGCCGGCGCGUCCGCGCAACUAAUAGACGCCGCCGGGGGGAGCAGCACGGUCGUGGUUCACACCAUUAACGCGCUUCUCCUGCCUCCCUCCGUCGACGAAUCGCUCUCUCUCACCGCCGGUGAUCUCUCUAUCGCCGCCGGGAUGGGCGAAGGCGGACGGCAACUAGCUGAAUCGUCGGGGUUCGCUAGCGCUUCGGCGUCUGCUCCCAGCGCGUCGCCUCCCUCAUCGCAAGCAAGAGAUUACAGCAUGGUGUGCGAUAAAUGUGCAAAGAAGCUGUCAAAGGUGAUAGUGCCGGACAAGUGGAAGGAGGGGGCGUCCAACACCACUGAGAGCGGCGGCAGAAAGAUCAACGAGAACAAGCUGCUGUCCAAGAAGAAAAGGUACACUCCGUAUGCAUCAUCAGCAUCUUUCAAGUGCAUCAUCUGCAAGCAGCAACUGCACCAGGAGGGAAAGUACUGCCACCUAUGCUCAUAUAAAAAGGGUGUGUGUGCCAUGUGUGGCAAGCAGGUACUCGAUACCUCCAUGUACAAACAAUCAGCAGUUUGA